ACAUAGCUGGAAUUCUACACCACCAACUCUCCCCUCCUCCCUUGGUGAUUUCUGGGAAAUACCUCCUUAAGUCAAACCUAAGGCUGACAGAGGGUUGCUAAAGCAGGCCACAGAUCUGAGACUGCCCUGGGAGGUGCACACAGUGUUCCUGAUAUCAGGCUUGGUGGCAGCCACUUCUUCCAGUUUCCUGCUCCUCUUCGCUGCUGCUGCCUACUUUCUGCCACAGCUCAGUGACUCAGCCCAGCAGCCAUGCCAGGUUCAGCUUGCUGACAAGGAAGGAGUGUUCUGAACAGGGAGGAGCCCAGAAGUGGGAGGUGGAGAUUCUCCUUUCACUUUCCCUACCACCUCAGGACAUACUGAAGAACAAGAGAGAGAGAAGGAAACCAACCUGUUCCUUGGCCAGAGACAACCAUGGCUCCAAAACGAAAGGCUGUGGUGCAGACAGAGGGUCCCAAGAAGAAGGGACGACAGGGGGCAGGAGAAGAGGACAACUUCCGCUCCACGGCCGAGGCCCUCAAGGCUGCACCCAUAGAGAAGCGUGUAAUCCGUGUGGACCCUGCUUGUCCGCUCAGCAGCAAUGCCAGGAUCCAGGUACAUGAAGACUAUGACUGCACCCUGAACCAGACCAACAUCGGAAGCAACAACAACAAGUUCUACAUCAUCCAGCUGCUGGAAGAGUGCGGCAACUUUGUCUGCUGGAACCGCUGGGGCCGUGUGGGAGAGGUUGGCCAGUCAAAGAUCAACCACUUCACCUGCCUAGAAGAUGCCAAAAAGGACUUUGAGAAAAAAUUUCGGGACAAGACUAAGAACAACUGGGCAGAGCGAGACCACUUUGUGGCCCACCCUGGCAAAUACACACUUAUUGAAGUACAGGGAGAGGCCGAGACUCUGGAAGCCGUGGUAAAGGUGGAUGGAGGCCCACAAAGUAUUGUGACCAAGCGGGUGCAGCCCUGCUCCCUGGACCCCGCAACCCAGAAGCUCAUCACCAACAUCUUCAGCAAGGAGAUGUUUAAGAAUGCUAUGGCCCUCAUGAACCUAGAUGUGAAGAAGAUGCCCCUGGGAAAGCUGAGCAAACAGCAGAUUGCACGGGGUUUUGAGGCCUUGGAGGCACUGGAGGUGGCCCUGAAAGCCCCUGCAGCUGGUGCCCAAAACCUGGAGGAGCUGUCCUCCCACUUCUACACUGUCAUCCCACACAACUUUGGCCGCAGCCGGCCCCCACCCAUCAACUCCCCUGAGCUUCUUCAGGCUAAGAAAGACAUGCUGCUGGUGCUGGCAGACAUCGAGCUGGCCCAGACCCUGCAGGCAACCCCUGGGGAGGAAGAGAGAGUGGAAGAGGUGCCACACCCACUGGACCGAGACUACCAGCUCCUCAAGUGUGAACUUCAGCUGCUGGACUCUGGGGCACAUGAGUACAAGGUAAUACAAACCUACUUAGAACAGACUGCUAGCAAACACAGGUACCCUACUCUGCAAAACAUUUGGAAAGUGAGCCGAGAAGGGGAGGGAGCUAGAUUCCAGGCCCACUCCAAGCUGGGUAAUCGGAGGCUACUGUGGCAUGGCACCAACGUGGCUGUGGUGGCUGCUAUCCUCACCAGUGGGCUCCGCAUCAUGCCACAUUCCAGUGGUCGUGUUGGCAAGGGCAUCUACUUCGCCUCAGAGAACAGCAAAUCAGUUUUCUAUGUUACUCCUAUGCACUGUGGGUCCCACCAAGUGGGCUACAUGUUCCUGGGCGAGGUGGCCCUGGGUAGAGAGUACCACAUCACCAUCGAUCAUCCCAACUUGACGUGUCCACCCGAUGGCUUCGACAGUGUCAUCGCCCGAGGCCGCACAGAGCCUGAUCCAAUCCAGGACACUGAGCUGGAGCUGGAUGGCCACCGAGUGGCAGUGCCCCAGGGCCCACCCCUGCAAUGCCCAGAGUUCAGCAGCUCCCAUUUCUGGCAGAGCGAGUACCUUAUCUACCAGGAGAGCCAGUGUCGCCUACGCUACCUGCUGGAGGUUCACCUCUGAGCUGCCUGCCCUAUCCGCCAGGUCCUGCUAGGGGCUGGACCAUGAUCUUCAAUCUUGGUACUUGCAUGUCACCCCUUCCCCAACCCCCAAGAAUGCAAUUCAUGCCCAGCCCAUUGGUGUGAGCCUGUAGUCCUGGCUACUCAGGAGGCUGAAGCAGCAGGAUAGCUUUAGUCCAGCGGUUCAAGGCCAGCCUGGGCAACAUAGUGAGAACUGCACCCCCCCCCCCAAAAAAAAUACAGUAUAGUCAUGUGCCCAAUAACAAUGCUCUGGUCAACCAUGAACUACAUAUACUGUAAUGGGCCCAUAAGAUUAUAUUGCCUAAUGACAUGGUAGCCAUCUUAAUUUAUAUAAGCACACACAUAAUAUUCACACAAUGACAAAAAUCACCUAAUGAUAUGUUUCUGAGUACAAAUCUCAUGAUUAAGCAACAGAUGACUGUACAUUGUCAGUACUUAUAUAAUAGAUUUUAUAGUCCAUCUCGAUCUGAUUCCGCCUUUGUGAAUUUGUACCCUUUGACCCACAUCUUCCCAACCUUACUUCCCUCCAGCUCUUGACUUCUCUGAGUUCAAUAUUUUUAGAUUCCAUAUGUAAGUUAGAUUAUGUGGUAUUUGUCUUUCUGUGCCUGGUUUAUCUCAGUUUCGUGUCCUCCAAGUUCAUUCAUGUUGUUGCAAAUGACAGGAUUUCCUUCUUUUUUUAAGGCUGAAUAAUAUCACAUUAUAUCUAUUAUCACAUUUUCUUUACUCAUUCAUCUGUUGAUGGACACUUUGACUAUUGUGAAUAGUACUGCAGUAAACAUGAGCAUGCAGACAUCUCUUCAACAUACUGAUUCAUUUCCUUUGGAGUAGCAAGAAUGCCCACUAUUUCAGUCACCCUUUCUUGUCAGGCCCUCCUGUGUCCCAGAAAGUGAGCCCCUUUCCUCCAAUCCCUGCCAGCCCUGGGAUGGCUGUGACCCAAGUCUUGCCUCCAAAGGUGAUGGGAAAGGAGGGGGUUGGGGGUGAACUCAUUAGUGGGACCCAGAUGCAGCAGCCCACUGAAGACUAGAGGGACACAGACUGAGAGUGGGCCAGAUUCCACACACACCAGGGCUGUCCACACUAGCCCAGAUGGUACAUCUGAUAGGUUGUGUUCACCACAGAAUGCUAAAAUUCUGAUGUUCACAGGCAGGCUUAUUAAACAUGAACCUUUGGCCUCUGCUUAUCUGUGCCACAGCUUUCUAGGCCUGGGCCUCCUUUCUUUCCGUGGUGACCCAGCCCAUGGCAGCUCUAGCCCCACUCCAAGGAGUAGGCACUCACUGAUAUGGGUCAUACACUUAUCCCUGCCCACUCAGGGCUCUCACUGAAACACCCUGUCUCCUCUCAUCAUGGAGUUGCCAAAGAGGACCCUCUCCACUUACUAGAAUUAUUUAUCUUUUGGGGACCCACCUGGUGAUUCUGUCCUUUACCCUAGACAUUAUCAGGUGAAUCAAGCAUUCAUGUCUUACCAUCAAAUGUCCCAGUGUGUCUCCUGUCUGGAUAUUACAAACAAGUUAAGCAUCUGUUGGAAGGUAACAGCCCUGCAAUCAUGAAAGUGAUGCCACUUAUCACCCCAGGUGACCCUACCCAGAGGCAGGAGAUACAGGUGCUGGAGAGCAGGUCAGGACCCAGUCUAGGGUCAUUGCUUGCAUUUAACUCUGGUGUCUCUUUGGUCUCCUUUAAUCCAGAGUUGUUCCUCAAUCCUGUUUUUCUUUCAUAACUUUGACAUUAUUGACAAUCUCAAAGAGAACAGGCCAGGUGUUUCAUAUAAUAUCUCUUAAUUUGGGUUUGUCUGGUGUUUUGUCCUUAAUAGAUUCAGGUAUUGCAUGGGCAGGAAACUACAUAAAUCAUGUGCCUGGGCAGGAAACUACAUAAAUCAUGUGCCUUCUGAGAUUUAUCAGGAGGGCCAUGUCCCUUCCUUGGAGAUGUUAAUUAAAUUUAAUCACUUCAUUGAGGUAUAUGUACCAAGUUUCUCCUCUGUAAAACUACCAUUUCUCCCCUUUGUAAUUAGCUAGUCAUCUUUGGGGAAAUGUUGUGUAUAAAUACCCAUUCUUCCUCAACUGUCACCCACAAACUUCAGCAUCCAUCAAUAAUAUUUACUUGAAGGCAAUCACCUGACUCAAUUUUUACUAAGAUGAUUAC